ACAGGGAUUGGUGGGGGGGCUUUGGUUUCUUCGGUGAUGAAUCUUCGGAUUCCGUAUCUAACCACAUGUUUGCAUUCAGAGGUAACCACAGAUUACCAAUAGAGCCGAUUAAAAAACGGAUGGAGAUCCGGAACGGUUUUAUUAAUCUGCGACUAUCUCUUAACACUAUCGUAGGUUACAAAAUAUGCAUUCAUACGUAGCCAUUCCUUUCUGGUCCUGUCAUAUCAUGUGCAAUGUUUAUAUUCCGUGAUAAUGGGCGGUCCAUUGUCAAAAUCAGGAUGAAGAUUAUUUAAUUGUGUUGUGUACGCAGUCAGUUACUUUAUGAAUAUGAUCAGAUGGUUAGAUUUCUGUUCGCCAUUUGUGGUGGAGUUUCAUAUUCUGUUUUACAGUUUAAUCAUUGAAUGUGAUUAACAUGACAAAAUAUGUCGAGUUUUAUCAAGCGAGGUUCGACGAGGAGAUCUGAUGAUACAAUGGAUGAUGAUACAGACGAUAAGGAUGAUACAAAACGGAAAUUUCGGAACCUGAGUGAAAAGAAGCGUCGUGACCAGUUCAAUAUGCUGAUCAAUGAGUUGAGUUCAAUGGUGUCCACCAAUAGUCGCAAAAUGGAUAAAUCUACAGUUCUUAAAUCUACCAUCUCUUUCCUAAAAAACCAUAAUGAAAUAGCUGUACGAUCACGUGCUCAUGAAAUUCAAGAGGAUUGGAAACCAUCUUUCUUGUCAAAUGAGGAAUUCACACAUUUGAUUUUGGAAGCACUAGAUGGCUUCAUCAUGGUAUUUUCCUCUUCUGGUAAAAUAUUUUAUGCAUCGGAGAGUAUCACAAGCCUUCUUGGUCAUUUGCCUAGUGACCUUCUGAACAUGACAAUGUAUGAUUUGGUUUAUAAAGAUGAUCAUUCAGAGUUGUACAAUGUUCUGCUCAAUCCUGCCAACACUGUGGAUGCUAUACAUUACAGUGAUACAAAAGAUAAUCGUGUCUCUUUCACUUGCCAUUUAAAACGAGGCGGUGUCAGCUUCCAGGAAGAGGACAUAUUUGAAUUAGUUCAGUUUGUUGGAUAUUUUCGUUCUGAUGUGGAAACUCCCGAAGUGGAUAACUUUGUUUCUAAUAGCAACAGUUUUAGCAGUUUCUCUUGUGAAGCAGAUUCUCGGUUGGUAUUUGUGGGUACAGGCAGACUUCACCUGCCCUUGUUGAUAAGUGAAAUGUCAGUAGUUGACUCCACAAAAAGUGAAUUUACUUCACGACAUAGUCUGGAAUGGAAGUUCCUGUUUCUGGACCACAGAGCUCCACCGAUUAUUGGUUAUCUGCCUUUUGAAGUUCUUGGAACAUCUGGAUAUGAUUAUUAUCAUGUAGAUGACCUGGAGAAAGUGGUCACAUGUCAUGAAGCCUUGAUGCAGAAGGGAGAGGGGACGUCUUGCCAUUAUCGGUUCCUUACAAAGGGCCAGCAGUGGAUCUGGUUGCAGACAAGAUUCUACAUCACAUACCAUCAAUGGAAUUCCAAACCCGAAUUUAUUGUGUGUACACAUCGAGUUGUUAGCUAUGCGGACGUGAUGAAGCAAUUGCAAAAGGCACCAGAAGAUGCAUCAGAACCAAGGAGCCAAGAUAACAGUCAGGACAACACGAUUAGUGGACAGUCACCUUAUACCAAGCAUCAACGGUCAUCAAAACAAGCAUCUCAAAGUGGUCUUGCUUCGAGUCCAUGGUCAUCCAAGUCAUCAGCUGGUAAAAUAUCACGGUUAGCAGAAGUAUGUUCUCCACAAGAUGGAAAUGGAGCCAAAGCACAAACACAACACUCAGUUCAUCAUGGCGCUGGGUCAGAUUCUACUUCCAUAUCUGCGGACUCCCCAAACUCUCGCCAUUCCCAGCUCACACAGCACAGUACACAAUCAAGAACUAGUGUGGUGGCACCUGUUCUUAACAAGCCUGUACUGACAGCGAGUCAGUCACAGCAGGUGGGGCCGCCUACUGCUCAAAGAACGUUUUUGGCUCCACAGCCGCAGUAUGUGGCAGUUCCAGUUCCUGUCCAGCCUGUACUUGCAGCUGCAGGCUUUCCAGGAGCUAUUGUAACAUCUCUUCCACCUCCAUCUGAGCUUGUUGGUCAGCCUGUUGUGUUAACAUCAUCACAGAGUCAGAUCCAGGAGCAGCUGCAGAGGAAGCAUGAAGAAUUACAGCGGCUCAUAGUGCAGCAGCAAGAGGAACUGCAGCGAGUGUCAGAGCAGCUUCUUAUGGCUCGGUAUGGGCUGUUGCCACCAGUUCAGUUCAAUGUGACUCUGCCUUAUACAGUAGCUGCAGGUCCAGCAAUCAGCAGCAUCACAUCCACACUCGGUUCUACGCAUCAGCAUUAUCAAAUACAGCCAGGGACAUCCGUUUCAGUACCUGUUACCACUGUGUUGUCAGAAAUGUCAGUGCAAGAACACUCUUCCCCGGCAGUUACCAGUGUUGCCUCUCAUCCUCCUGUCCAAACCACGUCUAUUAUGAUAGAAUCACACCAGGUUAACUUUGAAGCACAUACUGCAACAGAAGAAGUGAUUCCCUUCCAACUAUCACAGCAGCAAGCUCAGUUGCUGUUUGCUUCACCCAAUUCAACAGAACAGCACAACCAGUGGUGAAGUGGUCAGUGAAUCCUCGUAGGACUUGUUUCUGGCAGAUUUGCAAUUUCAGAGUGUCAGUUUAUCAUAGUGCUGGAGUCUACUUAAAUGAUGUGAGAUUGUAUGGAACUGUAAGUUUAGCAGAGUUUGGAUUGCUAGCACAGUUAUGAUGACCUGUUUUCAUUGCUUGCUGUCGAUUAUGAAGAGGUAUGUGUGUGCAGGACUACUACAGUUUUUCAUAAUUGUACCCAGUGUUAUGUUUUGUUGUGGUUGAACAUUUAGCACUCCUGCUUUGUGAUUGGAAGGUCCUGAAUAUAAUUCUUGACAUGGAGGUGGGUUAUGCUGAUUGAGGUUUUUCAUGACUUUCCUCAGUCCCUCCAGGUAUAUGCUGGGGUAGUAUCUUAUAACAGAUCGUGACUGCUUGUUUCCACAGUUCUUAUAAUGCAUUGUUUUCCAUUCAUCCCAACAUUUGAUGCUUUAUUACGAGUAUAGUUUUAAGAAUGUCAGAUAACUCAAGAACCAGGUAAUGCUUAAUAUUUGGGAGGUCCUGGGUUUGAUUUUCAGCUCAGCUUGUUUUGUAUUGAGUUAUCUCAUUCUUAAUUAUUAAUAUUAUAAUUUCAUUGUACCACAACUUAUUUUGUAUGUGUGUGUGGUACCAAAGAAUGCUUGAAAACUAAUAUGCUUAUAUGAGAAAGUGACUUUGCAAGUGCAUUGUGAGUGCACAGAGUGAUUGUAUUACACUUUCUACUAAGUCACACCAUGAACUCUGAGACAAGCAGUAGAUCACAGCGCUACUUUGGGUGGAUAGACUCAUCAUUACAAAAGUACAAAUUAUUUUUAACGAUUUAAGUUGCUCGUACUAUGUGGUGACAGUGUGUUAUGUGAAAAAUGUUGACAGAAUGUACAAUUAUUACAAAUUAAGUAUACACUUUUAAAAAAGUAUUUUCAAAAUACUAAUUGUUAUCAAUUGAAACAAAUUGAAGAUUGUUAAUCUAAGUUGGGAAGUGAUUAAUCUAAGAUGACACUGCUAGGAACUUCCACGAGACAUGAACUAAUCCUGGAAUGUCAGUUGGCUGUGGAUGCUUCAGCCAUGACCAACAUAUCAAGAUCUUAUUCUUAUGGAAUUGGUUACACUGUAUUAAAAAAAUUAUCAGUGUUCCACCAUUCCUGACUGAAACAUUGAAUCUGAGAAGCCAUUAUGUAUUUUAAAUGAGAAGCCUUACAGUUUCAGACAAGUUCCUUUAUCACUUUUGUGUCAGAACUCUUACUCAAGUCAUAUUAACAUACAUGUAUAAAACUAAAAGUAAAUGUAACUUGCAGUAGAUGCAGGGAAUUCUUCUCAAGCGGUCAGCCAUGUAAGUAUGGAUUUAAAAUCCAACCCAGGUGAUGGAGGCAGAUGCAGUCUGGGAAACACUGGGCUGUAAUGGCAUACUUAUGUGGUUAAUUGUCCAAGAAAACUUUAUUGCAUCCGGUCAUUCCAUUAAUGUUAGCAUGACUUGUAAUUUAAAACAAUUUUAACAGUGUAUGCUUCAUUAGUAAUAACGCUUAUUUUGCUGGCAGAAAGUGCACAUGUUUAGGAAGAUAAUAGAAUUUUAGUCGAUUAUUUUUCUAACAGCAGUAUCAUGAAGAGAAGUGUUGCUGUGUAUAAACUAUCAGGAUGACAAACUUUAUGUACAUUGGUGUUCUUGUGAAAUUAUCCUGAUUUGUUAUGUGUACUUAUUCUUUUCCUUAUGAUGUACAUUGUUUUUCUGUAUCUCGAAACUUGGAAGUUUGUUGCAACUUGAUUCUGUUGCAUUGUAUAAGUAUGUUUAUUAUGUUGCUGUAUAGUUGUUAAGAAUUUAUUUGAUGUUGUGGUUACCUGAAGUAGCACAGGUGGGCUGAUCUUGUUAGUUUCCAUUAUUCAGACAUUUUAAAACUCUUUGUACUAUUAAACCAUAUUUUUUAAUGUUGGGGCUUGAAGUUAAAUAUUCAUCAUGACUAAUUUUUCCUGAAAGAACACUCCAGAAUAUCUUUUUGUAAUAAAGCAUACAUGUUCAUUUUUAGUGAUAAUACAUAAUAUGCUGAUUAAAUAUGGAAGUAAUGAUUGUUGUGAAAAAUGUUAAAGGGGAAGGAGAUGGGCAAGCACGUAGUACACGUGAGGGAAGUGAUAUUUGAAUAUAAGCGUUUGGUAGAAAAACUCUUUUUGGGAGACUGAUUCAUAGAUUGGAGGUUAAUAUUAGAAUUUUUGGAGAAUAGGGUGUAAAGGGGGCUGGAUUCCAGUGGUGUUCAAGAAAGGCUUUGUGGAUAUGAUGAUGAAACUUUGACUCUUAUGAAAGCAACACACUUCUUGAUGAGCUGAGGAAGUCUCUAACUUUUGAAGGAAAAACUGUGCUGAAUCAUUACAAAUUUGACAGUAGAAAUGUUAUGAGAUUAGUCCAGUUUGUGCUUUUGCAAUGGAUGUAUGGUUUUAAGAUUAGUAAAUGUUGGCUGUUAUAAUUAUUAUGGUUUUAUACUUUCCUAUGUGGCUGAUCCCAUAUUAUCUAACAUGAUGAUCACAAUGCAAUGAUACACCAGAACUGGAAGAUUUGUAGUAAGAGUACAACAUAUGAAGCUAUUCAGUGCUUUUACAUUUGAUGCAGGUAUUGCUGUUUAAAGAAAAAUAUAACAGCAGUAUGAUAAAAUUAAAACUGAAUGUCUGUUUCAGUGAUUUGGAUGCAAAUAAUUUUGAAAUUUGUGUUUCAUGAUUUUGUGUACCUCACUAGUCUUGGUGUUUAUUUAUUACAGAUUCAAAGCGAAAAGCAAAGUAAAUCACACUGUUUGCACAGAUAUUUUUCUUCCUGUGCUUCAUUCAGUAUGAUGGCUUCACAAUGGGAGCCAAAUUCUAUGAUGAUCAGUUGUGAUUUUCUAUGAAAUCAUCCCUCCUCAGGGUAAAUAGAACAACAGAGAAGAAUAUCUGUGGUGGCACAAAGGUUGUUUCACACAUAUUUUAAAAAGUUGAUUAAUUAAAUAAGAGAUUUUAUUUUGUUAGAUGGAUAUAUACUCAAGGUGUAUACUAUGAUCUGGGAAGAAUUUUCAGCAAUUAGAUGACUUCUGUUACAGAGAAAAUGAAACAUAUUAAAGACUGUAUGUGAU